CGCGCAGUGCAGCGCUGCGCAGCGCCGCGCUAAUGGGUUCGGCCUUAAUGCUCUUACGUUACUUCCGAGGAACUUGUAUUAAGAAGGAACUCAAGACUUACUUAGAUUCAUCUAAAGAUGGUGUAAUAUAUAUGAGUUUUGGAACAAAUGCUUUAUCAUCAAUGUUACCCAAGGAAAAGAUUGACAUUUUCACUAAAGUUUUUUCACGGUUGCCUUACGACGUGCUAUGGAAAUGGGAGGAAGAUGAAUUACAUAACAGACCUCGUAAUGUCAGAAUAUCAAAAUGGGUACCACAGUACGAUACAUUGCGACACCCUAAUAUAAAACUAUUUAUAACCCAAGGGGGCCUACAAUCCAUUGAUGAGACAAUUGACGCAGGGGUCCCUCUUAUUGGUGUGCCAAUGCUUGGUGACCAAUGGUAUAAUGUUGAGAAAUGUGUGCAUUACAAAAUAGGCGUUCAACUUGAUAUGGCAACUUUAGAUGAAGACCAACUCGUCGAAGCAAUCGAAAAAGUUUUGAAAGAUGAAAGUUACAGAAAAAAUAUCUUAAAUCUUCGAAGUUUAAUGAAUGACCAACCCCAGAGUCCUUUGGAUCGAGGCGUUUGGUGGGUCGAGUAUGUUCUUCGUCACGGUGAUGCAAGGCAUCUUCGAGCGCCAGCAGCCAAUAUGUCCCUUAUGGAGUAUUUUGAUAUUGAACUUUGGAUUGUAACUUUAAUGUUCUUUAUUUUAAUAUGUUUACUGAUGAUUAUUUCCUUAAUCAUUCUUUAUAGAUUUUUAAUUAAGACCUUGUGUACCAAACAGACAAAUUUAGUUAUUUAAGCCACGUUUUCAAUAAGUCUAUUUAAGAUAACAAAAUAAAAGUAGGUUCAUGUGACUUUGGCAUGGCUAAGUUUAUGGAAGUCAUAAGUGAUCCAAAUUUACAAAUUAACAUGUCAAUAGAUGGGAAACAACUUGAGCAAGUACAAUAACAUGAAUAUCUCGGUUCUCUCGUAAAUGAAGAUGAGGAUCAGACCAAGACGUCAAAAACGGCACUAUUAAAACAAACGAGGCUCAUUUAAAUAAAUUGUGUAAUAUUCUAUGUUGCUGACGAUUGUAUAUAAAGCUCGGGCUGAAGUUAUUUUACUGUAUAUAUCUAGCAAGCCUUUCAGAUGAGCAUUAACUGGACACAAAACGUCAAGAAUGAAAUUAUAUUUCUGCCCUGAAAGUAAAAGCUUACUAUAAAGAAACGCAAGAUUGAGUAUCUCGGCCAUGUGCUAAAACACUACUAAUAUGCGCUUCUUCAGCUGAUUACGAUGGACAAGGCAAUAUUAUGCGUGGAAUGGAUAAGCUGGACGAAGAAGCGAAUCCAGGUAACGGAACAUCCGAGACUUAAGAAUUACCUCCGUCGAGCAAUUGUUAUGUUUUGCUGGUGAUGGGAACAAAUUGAAAAGCUGACAUCAAAAAGUACCUAAUUGCUUAUUGCCAUAUUAUAUUUACCUUAAUUUUUAGAUUAUUCUUCUUGUCAAUAUAAUUUUAAUAAGUU